AUGCAGUUUCUGCGAUCGGUGCUGGGGACUGGUGGAGGGGCGAAGGAGUUUCCGUAUAACAUUGGCGAAGCUUAUCCCUCCGCAUGGGGCCCCUGGACGCACCACAAAGGCACCAGCAAGGAGGAUGGCAGUGCAGUAUCGAUUUUCUCCAUAACGGGUUCGAAUCCUCAAGACGCCAGACUUGCCCCUGCCCGUAACUGCGUCAAGCGACUCAGAAUGUUGCGGCAUCCGAACGUGCUGUCGUUUCUGAACAGCCUGGAGGUGGAGAAGGAGGAGGGCGGCGUGCAGAAGCCGACCAUCUACAUCAUCACCGAGCCCGUCAUGCCGCUGGACCUCCGGCUCAAAGAGCUCAAGCUUAAGGGGCCGCAGCGGGAUGAGUACUACGCAUGGGGAUUGCUGCAAGUGGCCAAGGCUGUCAGCUUCCUUAACAAUGACUGCAAGCUGGUGCACGGCCACGUGUGCAUGGCGGCAGUGGUAACCACUGGUGCUCUGGACUGGAAGCUACACGGUUUUGAUGUGCUGUCAGAGUUCGAUGGGGGCAAAGCAGACGCCCCUGAGGGGCCCAUGCUGCCAUACGAGUGGAUGGUGGGUGCGCAGUACAAGUCCAUGGAGUUCGCAAAGAGCGACUGGGCCGCCAUCAGGAGGGGCCCUCCCUACGCCAUCGACUCCUGGGGCCUUGGCUGUUUGAUCCAGGAGGUGUUUUCAGGGCACCAGCUCACACGCACAGAAGAGCUCAGGAACACAGCCUGCAUUCCCAAGACCCUUCUCCCUGACUACCAGCGCCUGCUCAGCUCUGCCCCUGCUAGGCGACUCAACCCUGCCAAGCUCAUCGACAACAGUGAGUUCUUUCAGAACAAGCUGGUGGAAACGGUGCAGUUCAUGGAGGUGCUGAGCCUCAAGGACAGCGUGGAGAAGGACGGCUUCUUCCGCCGCCUCCCUGCCCUCUGUGACCAGCUCUCACGCCCCAUCCUGCUCAACAAGAUCCUCCCUCAGCUCGCCUCUGCCCUCGAGUUUGGGUCUGCUCCUGCACCGGCACUGACUGUGCUGCUGAAGCUGGGCGGGUGGCUUAAUCAAGAGGAGUUUAAUGCCAAGGUUCUCCCCACACUCGUGAAGCUGUUUGGCUCGUCGGACCGAGCCAUCCGGGUGGCGCUGCUGCAGAAUUUGGACUCGUUCGGAGCACAGAUAGCCCCCAAUGUGGUGGAGGAGCAGGUGUUUCCACACCUCGCCUCCGGCUUCACUGAUGCCUCGGCACUGCUCAGGGAGCUCACGCUCAAAUCCAUGCUGCUUCUUGCACCCAAGCUCUCCCAACGCACUCUCGGAGGGCCGCUUCUCAAGCACCUCUCAAAGCUGCAGGUGGAUGAGGAGGCAGCUAUUCGCACCAACACCACCAUUCUGCUCGGCAACAUUGCCAGACACCUCAACGACGCUACACGCAAGCGAGUGCUUAUCAAUGCCUUCACUGUCCGCGCUCUAAGGGACGCCUUCCCCCCUGCUAGGGCUGCAGGCAUCAUGGCGCUGUCAGCCACAAGGGAGUACUACGACGUCACAGAAAUCGCCACCCGCAUUCUGCCUGCUCUGGUGGUGCUCACAGUGGAUGCCGACACUGAUGUGCACACCAGAGCCGUCCAAGCUGCCUUUUCAUUCCUCCAGUCUGUCUCUGAUUUCCACGCUAAGCUGGAAGGGCACUCGGUGGAACAACAAGCACACGGAACAGCUGCACCUACUGCUGCUGCCCCUGCUGCAUCUGGCUCUACUGGAGGGCUGCUGGGUUGGGCUGUCAGCUCACUCACCUCAGCAGGCCCCAAGGCGGGCCCCACUGCACCAGGUGCCGGGGCUUCUGCCGCUGUCUCGGCAGGAGAUUCCACAACUGCUCCUGCUGCUGCUGCUG